GAAUGUGCGCGCUAUGCGUGAUGACGCAACGGGCGUUGAUUGGGAGCGCGAACUGGAGCCCGUGCGAGCGUGGCGCCCCGCCUUUUGUCCACAUUGAUCUCUUCGUUGUUUCUAAGUAAACAAAAUGUCAGGUUGGGAGUCUUAUUACAAAAACGAGGGCGAUGAAGAAGAAGAACAAGAAGAGGGACUUGAAGCAGGUGGAGAAUAUACAUACUCAGGAAGAGAUAGUUUGAUUUUUUUGGUUGAUGGUUCUAGGGCCAUGUUUGAAUCUGAGGGUGAAGAUGAAAUGACUCCUUUUGACAUGAGCAUCCAGUGUAUCCAGAGUGUGUAUACCAAUAAGAUCAUAAGCAGUGAUCAAGAUCUCUUGGCAGUGGUGUUCUAUGGUACUGAGAAGGAUAAAAAUUCAGUGAAUUUCAAAAAUAUUUACGUCUUGCAGGAGUUGGAUAAUCCAGGUGCGAAACGAGUGCUCGAGCUUGACCAGUUUAAAGGGGAGCAGGGAAAAAAGCAUUUCCAAGACCUAAUUGGCCAUGGAUCUGACUACUCACUGAGUGAGGUGCUCUGGGUCUGUGCCAACCUCUUUAGCGAUGUCCAGGUCAAGAUGAGCCAUAAGAGGAUCAUGUUGUUCACCAAUGAAGAUGACCCCCAUAGCCAUGACAGUGCCAAAGCCAGCCGGGCCAGGACCAAAGCUGGAGAUCUCCGUGACACAGGUAUCUUCCUGGACUUGAUGCACCUGAAGAAACGUGGGGGCUUUGACAUAUCCUUGUUUUACCGAGAUAUCAUCAGCACAGCUGAGGAUGAGGACCUAGGGGUUCACUUUGAGGAAUCCAGCAAACUGGAGGACCUGCUAAGGAAGGUCCGCGCCAAGGAGACCAAGAAGCGUGUGCUGUGUAGGUUGAAGUUUAAGCUCAGCAAAGAUAUAGCACUCACUGUCGGCAUGUAUAAUAUGGUCCAAAAGGCUGUCAAACCUCCUCCAGUGAGGCUUUAUCGGGAAACCAAUGAACCAGUGAAAUCCAAGACCCGGACAUUUAAUGUAAAUACCGGCAGUUUGCUUCUGCCUAGUGACACCAAGAGGUCUCAGAGCUAUGGGAGUCGUCAGAUUGUACUAGAGAAAGAGGAAACAGAAGAGCUGAAACGCUUUGACGAACCAGGUUUGAUUCUCAUCGGUUUCAAGCCCUUGAUGAUGCUGAAGAAACACCAUCACCUGAGGCCCUCCCUGUUCGUGUACCCCGAGGAGUCCCUGGUGAAUGGGAGCUCAACCCUGUUCAAUGCUCUCCUCACCAAGUGUCUGGAGAAGGAGGUCAUGGCAGUGUGCCGAUACACCGCCCGUCAGAACAUCCCUCCUUAUUUUGUGGCCUUGUUGCCACAGGAAGAGGAGCUGGAUGAGCAGAAAAUUCAGGUGACUCCCCCAGGCUUCCAGCUCGUCUUCUUGCCCUACGCGGACGAUAAGCGGAAGGUGCCCUUUACUGAGAAAGUCAUGGCAAACCCAGAGCAGAUAGAUAAGAUGAAAGCUAUUGUUCAGAAGCUCCGUUUCAACUACAGAAGUGACAGCUUCGAGAACCCGGUGCUGCAGCAGCACUUCAGGAACCUGGAGGCGCUGGCUUUGGAUCUCAUGGAGCCCGAGCAGGUGGUGGAUCUGACACUGCCUAAAAUUGAAGCAAUAGACAAAAGACUGGGCUUCCUGGUGAGUGAGUUUAAGGAGCUUGUCUACCCACCAGAUUACAAUCCUGAAGGAAAAGUUUCCAAGAGGAGGCAAGAUGAUGAAGGUUCUGGAAGCAAAAGGCCCAAGAUGGAGUUAUCUGAAGAGGAUCUGAAGGCCCACGUGAACAAGGGCACGCUGGGUAAGCUCACUGUGCCCGUGCUGAAGGAAGCCUGCAGGGUGUAUGGGUUGAGGGGCGGAUUAAAGAAGCAGGAGCUGCUGGACGCACUUACUAAGCGCUUCCAGAACUGACCAGCCAGCCAGCCCCUCCUCCUGCACUCUAGCCAGGCUGCCUGGUUUUGUUCUCAUCGAGUUGAAACCUGUUUCUCCUGAGCCAGGAAGAGUCUGCCUGUUAUAAGCCAAGGACUUUACAUUUAUGAGACGUUCCGUUGCCAUGGAAACAGCAUAGCCUUCUCACUUUGCUGUGCUUUAUUGUCUGAAUAAAGAGCCUUAACUUUAUACUAUA